AUGCAUCUUCCAAAGCCUUCAGCUUUUCUGCUUAGUUGUAUCAGCACUCUUUUGGCCGUUUCAGUUGAGGCUUCGCCUUACUCAUCUGGAAACCUAACUUCAACAACAUCAACCAAGUCUUCGAGCUCUAGCACGACUUUGAACUCCACUACGACGUCAAUCACUUCGUCGAAAUCUUUGUCAUCUUCCUCAUCUCGCACUACCUCAUUCCAUCUGACCAAUUCAACAACUCGUUUGAGCACGCUCACUACCCCAACUCCAACACUAUCGUAUUCCAAGAAUACUACUUCCACUCGUUCAUCAUGGUAUACCGCGUCCAGAAAUACAACUGCUGCUUACGGACGCUCAACACCUUCUCCUGCUGUUCUUUCCCCAGGGCUUCCUCCACAUAUUGAUCCUUAUAACCCUGUUGUGUUGGAACCAAAAAAGAAUGUUUCACUGUUCUACUCGAGUCCUCCAGCAAAUAACAAUGCUUCCGAUGUCGCCGUUGCAAGCGUCGCCAUCCCUAAGAUGGCCUAUCCCGCCGUCGUCCUUGAUCACUCCGCUCUAGUAACUCAUGUCGAAUGUGACCUCUCAACACUUCGUCUGAAAUUCCUCCACCGCAACGCCCUUAACGCAGCCAAAGCAUCAUGGACUAUGCCAAAGUUCGUCAUGAUGGCCUUCCACGACAAAUGCGGUACCGCUGCUACAGACGGCGAGCGAGACUAUCUCCUAGUCCACAAACUCGACUUCGACCACAACGACCUCUCCGUUGCUGCAGGUAUCAAACACAUCGAUAUCAAAGAAGCCGUGGGCACAGAUAAUCCCAUCACCGUAGACAUGGGCUCCUACACACCGGCCAACGCCAGUGGAAACGUCGGGUUCGACACAACUGCGGCCCCUCCAAUCCCUAGCAACGGAACCUACACCAACAGCAGCAAACCCUCUCUCGACUUCGACGUCGCCCUGGACAACACAAUCGGCUACACCUCCCUCUCCACCCCUUUUCACACCCGUUUCAUCGGCCUCGACGAGCACCAACUCCUUCAAAUCCGCUCCUGGUGCCACAUCUGCGACAAAGUCGUCCACGCCGUCAAGAAAAUCGUCAACAAGUUCAUCCCCUCCUGGACCCUCACCCCCCUCAACAAAGACAUCAACGUCUCCAUCGGCGGCGGCAACGUCGCCACGCCCUGGAACAAAAAAGGGUACCAGCUCUACUCCAAAACCUCAGGCUCAAACUACAUCCGCCUCUACUGCGUCGACUGCGGCGUCUCGGGCGUCAUAAACGUCAAAGCAACAGUGACAUUCAACCUCAUCGGCAUCAUCUCCGCCGGGUCCUUCGCAGCAAACGGGCAUAUGGGUGCCGGCUUAGGUCUGGGUGUAGACGCACACUACGCGGCGUCGAUUCCGGCAUUCAAACACACACUGCUCGCCAUCCCGCUCAGCCCGUUCGCCAUCCCAGGCCUUAUCACUAUCGGUCCACAUCUCGAUCUCGCCGUCGGCGCCAACGCAGCGAUUAAUGCGGAUGGCAAGGCCUACGCGGGCGUCCGUCUCGAAUGGCCCGCCAUCCACGCGCAGCUGAAUCUCUUCAGCGCGCCCAGCGCAUCUGGGUGGACGCCGAGCGUGACGCAGGAUUUCCAGGCCGUCGGCACGGUGAGUUUGAGCGCGGAUGCGUAUGUCGAGGUGAGUAUCGGGUUUGGCGUGAGUUUGCUGAACGGGUUGAAGAGCUAUGGGGUUGCGCUGGUGGAGAAGCCGGAUUUGUAUAUCACGGGGAGUAGCGGGGUGGCGGGGUGUCAAGGGAUUAAGUUGACGGCGGGGUUUAAGAAUGAGGUUUAUGCGGAUAUACUGGGGAGUCAUAAGGGGAUUAGUACGUGGAAUGGUCCGAGUGCUAGUAAGUGUUUGGGGAGCGGGAAGAGGGAUGCGAUUCCUGCCCUGCCUGCACGAGCGGAAAUUAAUGGAAGGGAGGCGAGGAAAGUAAAGAUUGAGAGUGCGGAUGGAAGUAUUGGGAUGCAUUACGCGGAUAAUGGGAAUAUCUACGGGAUAUCGAAGACGAAUGGGAGUGUGGAUAUGUCAACUGUCGAUUUCUCCUCUCUCGACUCGGGAAUCAUAACAGGCGAUGCUACAUCCCGCGUCUUCCACGGCUACAACGACACGCUCUCUUCGAAAGGAAUCUCACGCUUCCGUCUCUCCCCCCUAUCACACAUCCCCAAAACAGCAGUUAUCUUAACACUCCAACCCUCAACCCCCACCACCUCCGACCACGUCCUGAUCGCCCUCGACGCCUCGCACAACGUCUUCUACCCCGUCCUCUGCACCUUCGGUGAGGUCGACUUCCCGAAACUAUUUCUGGUCAAGGAUCCGAACACAGGUGUUGCGGCGCUUUUGGAUGAGGCGAAUGUGGAAGGUGUUACAGGUGUGAAGCCUGAGGAUUGUGGGGUUGUUCCUUUGAUUGCAGCAGAUUUAUCAAAAUCACUAAAGGUCGCCUGA